UUCCCUAAUCCUCUCCGACCCAACGCGCCGCCGUUCGCCGGCUUCAAUGGAGGAGCAAGUCUCCCGUGGAGCAGUGGAGCGUCGCCUUUCAUAUCACGCUACCCACUACCCUAACGCCUGCGCGGAUCAUGCCGGCCCGGAACACCCAGGCGAUCUCCUGGAGGUUGCCGAGCCCCACGACCAGCCGGCGCACAUCGUCACUGAUUUAGAUCCUUGUGAAAUCGCCCAGCGUGCCUUGGACCUCAUGUUCCCACGGGAGGACAGCGAUUGGAGCAGCUGGAGCGCAAGGGAGGAGGGUACUAGUGACGACGACGAUGUUGAGACUGUACAAGUGAUAGUCGGGGACGAGGAGGAGACGGAUUGCCCAGGGGAAAAUGUAGUCGAUGACUGUAGCACAGGGGAGGGCAGCGAUUACGACGAUGAUAGGCAAGUGAUAGACGACGAUGAAGAGACAAACUGCCCAGGAAAGCUUUACCCUGAGAGUGAAGCAGACGAGAUAGAGCGCAAAUGGGCAAAAAGCACCUUCCAACAGUUCAUAGAGUACACCAACAUAUGGGAGGAGAUCAUGGCCCUGGGAGAUGAGGAUGAUACCCCUUUACCUCCUCGUCCUAUGAAGGUGUUUCCUGACGCAACAGGUGCAUGUGUUCUUGGGUUAGACUGCCACCACCGUGUUUACAGGACCCAUGACACUUCUACCACCCCAUCAACUCUUGGGUACCGCACACCAGAAGCUAUGCUACAGAUAUUUUCUUUGUGUUUGUCAAGCUCUGAGCCCUCGUGUCCCACUAGUGUGUAUGGGAUAUUCGCCAUUCGGGAUAACUUUGACCCGCGCCGGAAUUAUGUCUUUAACCGCGCCAGGGUAGAUGCUGUUGCGGUUCAGAAACAGGAAUCCUUUGUCUUGCCUCUUUGUAGCCCAUGCCGAGGAAUGUAUGUAUCAGAUAAGGCAUUAUUAGAAGUUGAUCUUUGGGAAAAUAAGGAAGGGGAUGAAUCAGCUGACAAGCAGCAAAUCUCUGCAUAUGUUGAGAUCAACAUCGUUUUAGAACAUGAUUUCCUGUUUUGUGGACGGAUUCCUGGUGAUAAGUGCAAUUUGGACAUAACGUACACAGUUCUUUCAAGAAGUGUUGAGGCUGUAAUACAAGUCUAUGCAAAGGUUGACCAUCCUCAUCAUGUGAGGUUCAUGGCUUUUAGCACUGGAUAUUGUAAGGAUGGAGUCAUGCUGUUGGAUGACAAACUAUUUGGGAGCGAAAAAUUAUUCCAGCAUAUCGUCGCUGUGAAAGCAAAUGAAGAGUUGGAUGUUGUUUUAGAAGUGGACAAUUCAUUGUUCAAGUGGACUUUUCGGGAUGAAUAUGUCGGCGCUGUUAUCUCUCCUGAUGACUCGAUCUUUGACUAUGGCCUGUUUUUCGUGAGAGUGAUGUUUGCUCCAAAGGACUCUCAGUGAAGCCGUAGGUAAACAGCAGAAUUCUAUGGUCUGACUUAUAUGACAUUUCUAUGUAGUAUAUACAACUGCUGGCCUGUUCAAUGUGUCUAUAUCGUGAAUUAUAUUUCCUAGUCCAAGUAUUAGUUGACCCAACGAACACUUUAUGCUAACCAUCUUGGUUUAACGAAAUUAGGAACUAGCCUUUGCUAUUGCUGCUAUUUCGGCUAAUUUCCUGGGAGCCAAACAUGGAAGGAUAUCUUUGCAUACCGAAUGCUAUUGUAAAUUAACCUCCUAAAAUAUGCAAUGUUGACAUACAAGUUUUAAGUCUCUCACGUGUGUGUUUUUGUAGCUUAAGUAAGAUUAAGGAAUAAGGAUUAAGCUUGAGGAUUUUGCUGAGUAUAUUUUACACAUCCUUUUUGAAGUUCAACCUUCAUAUUCUUGAUGUUUUAUAUUGGUUUAUCCCUAUAAUUUCGUACUAAUGACUAACUAAUUGCAAGAUUGGCAAUUCUCCACUUUUUGAUAUUUUGUUAGUUUAGAUGCAAAUUGGGAGGAAAUGAUUAUGAAAACACGAAGUACUCCCAAAAUGGAGUAUUUCCAUAUGUGGUACACCAUCAUAGCCCAUUCCCGGAGAGAAGAGGUGCAAUACUACGAGCGACCCUGCUCGGGAUUUCCAUAUGUGGAGUAUUUUGAUGUCGAUUUAAUUUGACGACGCAAGGUCACCACGGACAACGCCGUUUGUUAAGUGAUAAAAUCUGAUACCGUUCAUAUCUUAGCGUGUUAUUCUAGAUACUACAGUACUACUAUCCAUGUUCGGGAUUGUAUGGCCUGAGGACCAAUUUUUUAAAACCAAGAAUGUUUAUAAUUUA